CAAUUACCAGAGCUCUUUGUGCGCACGUACCGCACAAACACCCACUUGUUUCUUAGCGAUUAAGCUAAUGUUUCUCUAUCCCCGGCCCCACCGGGCUAACGUCACACAUCCCCAAAAGAUCUUUCCGUUCACCACCACAAUAAGACACCAAUUUUCCGACCCAGUUCCAAACCCUUCACACGUGUCACAGUUACUCAAUGUAUUUCCUUAAGUGGUGUCACUAAUAAACCCCAUCAUUUACGUCCACUUAGAAAUGGCUCUAAAUUUAAGAAGCUCUUUUAGUGCCUGCUGACUCAGAGGGACCACCGUAUGUAUACGGUGAAGCUAUAGCUUGAUGACACGUAGAUAAAAGUCGGUGUUAAGUGGGACCCAGAGAGGAGCCAUCACCGCCCUUAAAUAUGAGUCCCUUCCUCCUCCUUUCUUCCCUUUUCCCCUACUCUCUACUCUCCUUCCUCUCUGAAAAAAAACCGGUUUUUUUUUCUUAGUUUCUCUCGGUCCAACCAAAAACUCUGGUCCGCCGCCAUGCAAUACUCUCAGUUCAACUCCAUCCUGACCCAAUCCCUGCCAACCUUGGAACCCGGGUUUGGAUUCACCCCUUGGGUGUCCACUAACCCGAGCCCAAUAGAGAACAAAACCCAAACCCAAACCCAAACCUAUAGUUUUUCUGGUUCGGAUGGGCCGGCCCGGCCCGGUCUGUCGCCGGUCGAUGACCGGCGGCUCCGGCGAAAGAUAUCAAACAGGGAAUCAGCCCGGCGUUCGCGCAUGCGGAAGCAACGGCAUCUCGAGGACCUUCGGAUUCAAGCGAGCCGGCUCCGGUCUGAGAACCGGGAGCUUGCGAGCCGGCUCGGAGCCGUGACUCAUAACUGCUUCUUAUUCCGCCGAGAAAGUGAGAGGCUCAGCACCGAAGCCACCUCCCUCUGCCUUCGGCUCUCGGAGAUACGCCGGUUUCUUCUUUCACGGCAGCUCCAACGGCUCUCUUCUCCAGCCGCCGCCCUCAUGUGUGGCGGCGGCUUCGUCUCGGGAUCAGCACAGACAGGAUCAUCCAUAAUCGCUUAAAAUAUCAAGAACUCAGGGACUUAAUCAUAAAAUCGGCCAAAUGAUUAACAAACGUGCGAGAAGAGACAUGUAUGAUCUCCAUAUAUAUAUAUAUUAAUAUUAGUUCAUAAAUAUAUAUAUAUAUAUAUCAGGCUCUCUUCUUGGCUCCAGUUAUCUCCUCCGUUGAGGAAAAACCACUAGUGGUUUCUGGUUUUGUGGGAAACCGGUGGUUUAUUAAGGGGCUGUUUUUUAAUAAUAAAAAUGGUAGUUCUUAUUUCUUUCUAA